GCCUCAGCCAAUCCUAGCGUUCCCCUGCGUAACGUUCGUAAGUCUCUCAGCCAAUCACAACUGUGAGCGCUGGACAAGCAGGGGAGAACCUCCACUACUUUUGAUUGCCCACUCUCACUUCGAACCGGUGUCAACAAACAACAACAACAUCCUCGCCAUAGAAACGACGCCCUGGUUGCUGUGGUCUUUAAAAACAGAACCCGUUAAGCUGAAAAACACACGCCCUUCAAGUCCCUUAAAACCAAAUUUCAUCUUUUUGACGUCAGUUUUUGACUCCUUCGGGGGCUGUUGCUGUCCCGGGAUACUCCGGUGCUUAGCUGUAGCCCGGAGCUCAGCUAAGCCCUACCGAGGCUAACCGGUGCUAACUUCUCACAAGGACGGAGAUUUUUCCAUUUACCGACCGACUCCUGCUGCUGUUCGCCGCAGGAGAGAGCCCUCCCCGGGAAAAGAGGAGGUCGGUGCAGACGGUGGGGGUGGUGGAGGUAUGACUGCGUUGGCGGGGUCAAUACCCAGGAUGAUGCGACCCACGCUGGCUCAGAACUACCCCCGCAGCGGCUUCCCACUGGAAGUGUCUACCCCGCUGGGUCAAGGCCGAGUCAACCAGCUCGGAGGGGUUUUCAUCAACGGCAGACCUCUGCCCAACCACAUCCGACACAAGAUCGUGGAGAUGGCCCACCACGGGAUCAGGCCGUGCGUCAUCUCCCGACAGCUCCGGGUCUCCCACGGCUGCGUGUCCAAAAUUCUGUGCAGGUACCAGGAGACGGGCUCUAUCAGACCCGGAGCCAUCGGAGGCAGCAAACCCAAGCAGGGAACAACGCCGGACGUCGAGAGGAGAAUAGAGGAAUACAAGCGGGAAAACCCGGGUAUGUUUAGCUGGGAGAUUCGGGAUAAAUUACUGAAGGAUGGGAUAUGUGACCGCAACAACGUUCCUUCAGUGAGCUCCAUCAGUCGCAUCAUGAGGACUAAGUUUGGGGGGAAAGGUGAGGAAGAAGAAGAGGAAGACGAGAUCGAGAAGAAGGAGCUGGAGGACAGUGAACGGAGAGCCAAACACAGCAUUGAAGGCAUCUUGGGAGACAGAUCAAGUCACUCAGACGAAGGCUCCGACGUGGAGUCGGAGCCCGAUCUGCCACUGAAGAGGAAACAGCGGCGCAGUCGGACCACCUUCACAGCCGAGCAGCUGGAGGAGCUGGAGAGGGCCUUUGAGAGAACCCACUACCCAGACAUCUACACCAGGGAGGAGCUGGCUCAGAGGGCCAAGCUCACUGAAGCCAGGGUACAGGUGUGGUUCAGCAACAGGCGAGCGAGGUGGAGGAAGCAAGCUGGAGCCAAUCAGCUGAUGGCAUUCAACCACCUGAUCCCGGGUGGAUUCCCCCCCACAGCCAUGUCCAGCAUCCCACCGUACCAGCUCUCUGACAGCACCUACUCCCCAUCAUCUAUAGCACAGGUGUCGGAGCCUCCCAGCACGGUGCACCGUCCCCAGCCCCUGCCUCCUUCCUCCGGCCAUCAGGCCUCCGCUGGCGGAGUGCAGGCAGACAGCGGCUCUGCCUACUGCCUCGCCUCCGGACGUCACUCCUUCUCAGGCUACUCGGACAGCUUCGUGAGCCCAGGAGGGCCGACGAAUCCCAUGAACUCCGCAUUAGGAAACGGCCUCUCUCCACAGGUGAGACACCAGGUGAUGGGUUUGCUGAACCCAGGCGGCGUGCCACACCAGCCCCAAAGCGACUACGCCAUCUCCCCCCUGACAGGCGGCCUGGAGCCCCCCAGUGGCAUGGCCGCCAGCUGCAGCCAACGCAUGGACCACAUCAAGGGUCUGGAGGGUCUCUCCAGUGUUCCCUCCAUGUCAGCACUGCCCUCCCUGCCCAGCUCCCAGUCUUACUGCACCCCGUCCUACAGCUCACCAGGCUACACAGUGGACCACGUCGCGUCCUACCAGUACAGCCAGUACGGGCAAAGUAAGGUGCCCUUCCUUAUUUGAGGCCUGAGAUCACCUGAUCAGCCCCUUCACAGAGGGACACGUCCACAGGUGUCUGUGUACAGCGACUGAAAAGCCUUAACGUUUGGACCAAAAACUGCUUUCGUUUAUUAGGACACCUUCCCUGCUGCAGGAUCUUCUCUGUGGAGCGACAGACUAUUUUAAAAACGUAAAAGAAGGGAUCAUAAGAUAGAAUAUUAGAGCAAAGACUGCACACUGAUAGUAGACAUUCCUGCAUCUGCCGCAGAGAGGCACUUUCCACUGACAUUAGCAAAGAUCACAAAGUGUCUCUGCUUGUGGCAUCUUUGGAAAGACCCCAAACCCGACUCGGUAUGGCAGCCUACCUUAAUGGGAACUGUUUACAUACCUGAACGUUGCAUCAUCACUUGUAAAAUUCCACAUAUCAUCUUCAAAUCAAUCCCUCCCAGUCGUAGCAGGAAAAGGAAGGGGCUCAGUUGAUUUUUGUUACAUUCACUCAUUUGAGAUGUCCACACCCCACACAUGGAGAGAAAUUCCAGAGAGAAUGAAAACAAACACAAGCUAAUGAAUCUGGGGAUUUUUUUCUUCUUCUACAGUAUCAGACGCCCUAAUGUACACUCCAGCUGUACAACAGGCAGAGUUCGGUCAAGCGUCCCCCCUGCCCCCUCAAGUCCCCCUUCUCUCCCUUUCUCCGCUUCCAUUCGUCCCUCUGUCUUGCUGGUGUUUUUGGACGCCAAGGCGAAAGUCCUGGCCUUUUGUAGUUUUUCAGAGCAACUCAGAGGAGGUCAAAGGGUGACUUAGGCGAGAGUGACAGAUGAGAGAGCUGGCAGUGGAGGGCAGCAAAAGAAGUAGCUUUAAAGAAGAGUGGGGAGGGGUGGAGGGGACAAGCAAGAUCGAUCACAGCGUAAAAGAAAACCUUUAAAGGUCCCGUCUUGCUCAGAGAAAGCAAACGGGUCACAAGUCACGACUGAGGGACAUUUGAGAAACAGAAAGAGUUAAAGACUGAAGGCAGCCGUUUGCCCAGCUGACCAAAAGUGCAAUAUCACAUAUCUUAGAGACCACCCUCCCAUUAAAAGCUGUUUGAAGACAAAUACAUGCAUAAGAUACAUGUCUGGGAGUCUUAAGAAACACUUUGGAUUCAUACCUUGGAUCAAAUUUUGAACAUGUGUGCCUUAAAAGCUUUUGGGUCCAAAACAAAUAGGCAGCACUUCUAACACUGAAGGGCAACGUUUCAAAAAGGACUAAGGGGUAAAAUGGAAGAAACACAAAGCCAAAAUUCUUCAGUUUAUCACUUUGUGUUGCUUCUGACUUAUUUGUUUUCUUGCAGUUUGCAAAGGAAAUAAAUGCUGAUUCGAUUUCUGAUGCAUAAAGUCCUGGUCUUAAAGCUGCAGUAUAUAACUUUUAUAAAAAUAUAUUCUUUAUGCAUUUGUUAAAACAGUCAUUUUGUCAUGACUACGAGACAGAUGAUCUGUGGGAAAAAAUGAAGCUCCUCUGCCUCCUCCCUGUGGUUUGACUGUCAUCUGCAGAAAUACACAUCUUUGUCAGAAACAACCAGAUAGAGCCAAGAGGAGGAUCUUAAUGAUGUCAAUCAUUCUAGUGUAUGCAGCUGGACUACUGGCGGCAAAACAAUCUAACAUUAUGUUUAUUUGCCGUCAUUGGAGGCCAUGCUAACUAGCCUGUGUAUACAUGGCAGGCCCCACUGUGAAGAAGGAGCUGUAGCCUAGCAGAGAGCAAGAGGGAGGGUGUGAGCAGUGCAUAGAAGAGCAUGAUUGACAGCGCUAAGAUCCUUCACCUGACUCUGAUUGGUUGUUUCUUACCGAGCGGUGUAUUAUUUUCAGAUGGCAGUCGGACCACAUCGAGGAUGCAGAUUAGAUCAAUAUUUUUCUCAGAUUGUCUUAACUCAUAUUUUACUGUCGAUACAUAGUGACAGUUUUAACAAAAUAAGUAUAAAUAAAAAUAUUUUUAGUAAAGUUGCCUACUGUAGCUUUACGUAUGCACUUGUUGUGGAUAUGAAUGUCUGAUGCAUUUUGGGAAACUGAACUGUUCACAAGAACUGGGUGCACUACUUUGAAUUUAUUGCAAAAUUUCUUCAGUCCAAACUGGGUCAAAAAUAUACAUCAAGGCCCCAGUUGUACAUCCAACCUAAUAUUUGGUCAUAGUCCCACAACAGGUUGCAGAGAAACCAGAGAAAUAUCCUCUACUUCCAGCUACAACAGAGACUGGGAACUUGACCACUCCCCUAAUAAUAAUGGUCAUUUAAAUUGGCACAGACUCGGCUUUUCAGCGUAGUUCAUACUUUCUCUAGGCUUAGGGUGGCACCAUCACACAAGCCUAGUAUUUGCUGCCUUUAUUCAGAAGCCAAUGGAAUGUUUGUUUAAUUUCAUGUGUCCAACUUUCAUUGAGUGUUUGAAUAUAAGGGGGGUCUCUUAUGUAAAAUCAACAUACCUCCCAAAAAAAUUGCUUUGAUUCUGUUAUGCAUUUUUAACAAAUCAUUGAAUCUCCCAUGGCAGCCAUUUGGGAAAGUCUAAACACCUCUCACACAAAAUCUCUCCCACUCCUUCAGACUAGCGGCAGCAGCAAUUAGCAAACACCUGGUGUAACGGCACGUCUGCUGAGCUAAGACUGGUUGUAAACAACAUCAUAGAGAAGAAUUGCAGUGAUGACGUACAGAAAGCAGUAUGGAAAGAGUUGGAGCAUCUUAAAGAGACGGAGGCCCAUUUUAAGGCGUCAGAUUCAGUUAUAACAGAAAGUCAAAUUUCUAUACUCCAUUUUCAUAACAACUGAAGGUAGCAUAGUGACUUGAUUGUGCUAUAAAAUUAAGCAGAGUUAGAAGAGUGGCCAAAUAUUCAGCCUCAUGUAAGAGGGGAGUAUGUUGGUGGGUAUAAAAAGUGUUUGGUUUCUCUGUAUCUUGGUGUCAUUUAGAGAAAUAUUCCUUCCCUGAAAAAGAACGAUUGGGCUGCAUCAUGAAAAAACCCCAAACUAAAAUGGUAUUCAUGUCCUGAUAAGUGGGUGCACAUUUUUGAGCAGAGCUGUACAUAUCUAUUGUUAUUAUGUGGUGUGUGACAGCAGUGUUAUGGAAAACUAUUCACCGCUGUCCAACAAAGUGGCGGCUUCAAAAGUACUUCACCUAUAAAACUUCCAGAAGAGCUUUUGUUUUUGUCCUUCGGUCUGCACAGACUGACACAGCCCUUUCAUUCCCAUGAUAUAUAUUUUUUGUAUUACUUGACAAAGCGAUGUGACGUCAUGUCAUGUGUACAAGCGCAUUAUAAUUUCUAUUUAUAAUAAAAGAAAACCCCUGAAAAUA